UAGCAAUCAUGCGCUGCAAACCUCAAAGCAAGAGUAUGGAUUAAAAUUAACACCUUCAUCUCCCAGCAUUUGGAAAGUGGAGUACUUAAAGUGAACUCUACCAUGAAAAGGGUGAUUGCCCACUUGGCACUGACAGACUAAAAGGUCUCAGGACUUCAAUGAUCAUGGAAAGCCUGCUUCUGGGCGUUUUACUGGUGGGAAGUUUUGCAGUCAUGACAGAGGCCUGCCCAUUCCACUGUGUUUGCCAAAACCUGUCAGAAUCAUUAAGCACUCUCUGUGCCAACAAAGGACUCUUGUUCAUCCCACCAAAUAUUGACAGGCGCACAGUAGAGCUUCGUCUUGCUGACAACUUUAUUAGAGUGGUGGAGCCACAAGACUUUACCAAUAUGACUGGUCUAGUGGAUCUAACUUUGUCCAGGAACACAAUUCACGACAUUCAGCCCUUUGCAUUUGGGGAUCUAGAGAGCCUUAGAUCACUACAUCUUGACACUAACAGACUGACUGAAAUUCAUGAUGAGGAUUUCAGAGGGAUGCUAAACCUUCAGCACCUUAUUAUUAAUAAUAACCAGUUAGUAAAUGUUUCAGCAUUAGCUUUUGAGGAUUUCUUGCUCACUCUAGAAGAUUUGGAUUUAUCUUAUAACAACCUUCAGAAAGUUCCUUGGGAGGCAAUCCAAAAUAUGGUCAACCUUCAUACACUUAACCUAGAUCACAACCUUAUAGACUUUGUCAUGGAAGGAUCUUUUGCUGAGCUUUACAAACUUGCUCGGUUAGACAUGACCUCUAACAGGCUACAGACACUACCUCCAGAUCCUUUGUUUGCCAGAUCUCAGACAGGUGUGAUAAGCCCUACUCCCUACAGCUCUAUCAUUACACUCAAUUUUGGUGGCAACCCACUACACUGUAAUUGUGAAUUGCUCUGGCUCCGAAGACUGGUUCGAGAGGAUGAUAUGGAGACUUGUGCCUCACCCUUACAUCUGGCAGGUCGCUACUUUUGGUCUAUACCAGAAGAAGAGUUUACAUGUGAGCCACCUCUUAUUACAAGACACACUCAUAAGCUUUGGAUACUGGAAGGUCAAAGGGCUACCCUUAGGUGUCGAGCAAUAGGUGACCCAGAGCCUAUGAUUCACUGGGUAUCACCAGAUGAUAAAAUCAUUUCCAACUCAUCCCGAACAGCCUCUUACAGAAAUGGUACCCUGGACAUCUUGGUGACGACAGUACGAGAUGAUGGAGCCUACACUUGCAUUGCUAUCAAUGCAGCUGGGGAAUCUACAGCUUUGGUGGAUUUAAAAAUUAUUCCCCUUCCUCACCGGAGCAAUGGUACUAUUCACAUUGUACAUCAGGACCCUGGAUCCAGUGAUAUUACAACUUCUGCAAAAACGGGAGGGAACAGCACCGAGGGAAGCAGCAGAACUCAAGAGAGGUUGGUUCGGAUAACAGAUGUGACAGCCACAUCUGCAGUUGUUCGAUGGCUAAUUGGGAAAUCUUCCUAUACCGUUUGGAUGUAUCAAAUACAGUACAACUGCACAGUUGAUGAAACUCUAGUGUACAGAAUUUUACCCUCCACAAGCAAAGCAUUUGGACUCAAGAACCUGGUAUCAGGAGUAGACUACGAUUUGUGUGUCCUGGCAAUUUUUGAUGACAUUGUGACUUCUUUGGCAGCAACCAAAGUGGUGGGCUGUGCCCAGUUCACCACCAAAGACGAUUAUCCACACUGCCACUCACUCCAUGCGCACUUCUUGGGAGGCACACUAACAAUCAUUGUUGGAGGAGUAAUUGUAGUCACCUUGUUGGUUUUUACAGUUGUCAUGAUGGUUAAGUACAGAAUCUGCAGCAGUGCCAACUCACUGCCAAAAGUGACUGAUGUAUAUUCCCAAACCAAUGGCAAUCAACUUAUGCCAAAUGGGAUUUUAUCACAACGAAAUAUGGCUCCUCUUCCUAAACCCCCAAUUAUGGCAGAUAAAAAAAGAGCACCAUUUUCAUCCGAGCAUGAUCAUAUGGCCCAAUAUUAUGGAACAAAAAUUCAAUGCAAGAGGGUCAAGCCUAGGUACAGGAGUGAGCAGCAUCACACAAUGCCAGCUACAAAAUUUGCUCUACCACCACCAUCUGCAGAAAACUCACAGGACUACAGCAAUGAAAGGUCUGAAUGGAAAUCCUCUUCCACAAAAGGGGCAACCUGGGAGAGGCCUUCCAGUGUUGGGAUUCCCAAAACCAAGCGUAGCUGCUCAUUUGACAUGGGAGAAAUUGCCACAACAACCUGCUAUAGCUACGCCAAACGGUUAAGUGUGAUCUGGACCAAACGCAGUCAGUCUCUGCAUGGCAUGAUGAUGCACUGUGCAGAAACAACAGACAUUACAGGUAAGAAGAUGAUCUUUCCAAACACAGAUGAGCUGGAAGAAAGUGUAGUGUAAUACUCCAAAAAACAAACAAUGAACAAACAGGAACAAAUCUGAACCACAAGAGGCACAACCUUCCAGGCUAGAUGGUGGUGGCUGUUGAAAAUUACACCAACUCCUCUGACCAGCCUCCACAGGCCACGGAAAUAAAAUGCCCAGGUGUUUGUGUUUUUUUUUUUCUUUUCUUGUGCUGCCUCUCUGUGCCAAUGGAUUCUGAAAAGUCUCAGAUUGUUAACACACACACAAAAAACGAGUACAUAGAGUGUACAAAAGGCUGUUGCUUCUUUCAUCCAAGGUCUUUACAGUUUCACACACACACAAAGUCUUCUUUAUUUUCCCCCCCCCUUGUAAACCUGAACUUUCAUAGCCUCUUUAAACCCAUAUGCUUUGGUGAUCUAAAUUCACAAGAGGGAGUAUGGAAGAGAAGUGAUAUAAAGAAAAAAAUAUAUAAGGCAGCCAACCAACAAAAACACCAAUGAAGAAAGCUAUCAGAAUUAGUAACUUGUAAGGCUGAGCAAAUAUGCCAUAUUCAGUUUGACACAACAGCUUGGGGUUUGGAGUACAACUGAAUACGCUUCAGCGAGAAAGAGAGAGAUGUCAGAUGGAGCAAAAUCACCUCUGAAGAAAUUACAUUUUCUGAGAAAAAUGAAGAGGAGGAAGUGCAAGUCACAGCAUUCUGUGAUCAUGUUUUUCUUUUUGGUCAGGGUAAUAGACUAGGAGGGUGGGAAAGCAUCCAUUUGAUUGUAAUUCCAUUCUUAAAUUUAUACUUUGGUUUUUAGCAUUAAGGAAAGAUAAAUCUGUUUUUCCUGGAUCUACACCUUCCUUAAAAUUUUUAUUUUUUGAUAUACUUAUUUAUAUUACUUUGUUUUAUUUAUGUAUUUUUUAAGGGGGUGUGUGUGCUGAGAAGGGAUUGUAAAGGAUUUAUUAUACUGACAGACUGGAAACCUCAUAUUGUUUCACUUUUUUAUUUGCCAAAGUUCAUGUAUCCUGACAAACAACAAUAAAAUGUUUUGGGGAUUUUUUUCCCUUUCUUGGCA